GGGCUCCCCAUUGGCUGGCGGUUUGUACAAAAUCUAACUCAAACCACUUCAGUCUGAACAAAUCCUAAAGGCGCACACGCAGCCUCCUCCGCAGCUCCACCGCCGCCUUUAGCGUCAUUUCAGAGCCCGAUGCUGCGCUCAUCGCUCAACUUUUAUCUGUGCUGUUGUUCUCAUCAGCUGGCUGAGGGAGGUUGCUCCUGCUUGGUUUUUGGAGAUUUUGUGUAUCGGACUCGUUGACUUCUGCGCAGUUUUUUUUCUUUUGUUAUUUCCUUCAAACAGAGGAAGCAAGAAAAAAAGAAGCAAAUUCUACACCUAAAUGCCAAGGUACCCGGUGUAACACGGAGCCCACGGAGAUCAGAGAGGACACGAGGGGCGCCUUCGGAGCGACAUCAGUUUUCAAAAUUUUCUCCAACUUCAGCCCUCAGACAAACAUUAGCAUGAUGUCGUAUCUAAAGCAACCACCUUACACAGUCAAUGGCCUGAGCUUAACAACCUCCGGGAUGGACCUUUUGCAUCCAUCAGUGGGUUAUCCAGCCACGCCACGAAAACAGAGGCGAGAAAGGACUACUUUUACGCGCGCACAGCUCGACGUUUUGGAGGCGUUGUUCGCCAAAACCAGGUACCCGGACAUAUUCAUGCGCGAAGAAGUGGCGCUGAAAAUCAACUUACCUGAGUCCAGAGUACAGGUUUGGUUUAAGAACCGGCGGGCCAAGUGUCGCCAGCAGCAGCAACAGCAACAGAACGGCGGACAAAACAAGGUGCGACCCCCUAAAAAGAAAAGUUCCCCAACCAGGGAGGUGAGCUCGGAGAGCGGGGCCAGCGGCCAGUUCACGCCCCCCACUAGCACCACUACAGUCCCCGCCAUCUCCACCAGCACCGCCCCGGUGUCCAUUUGGAGCCCCGCGUCUAUUUCUCCUCUCUCGGACCCCCUGUCUACCUCCUCCUCCUGCAUGCAGCGGUCCUACCCCAUGACCUACACUCAGGCCUCGGGCUACAGCCAGGGCUACGCCGGGUCGACGUCCUACUUCGGGGGCAUGGACUGCAGCUCUUACCUCACUCCGAUGCACCACCAGCUGUCGGGGCCCGGCUCGACUCUCAGCCCGAUGAGCACGAACGCCGUCACAAGCCAUCUGAAUCAGUCUCCGGCGUCCCUCUCUACCCAGGGCUACGGGACGUCCGGCCUGGGCUUCAACUCCACGGCAGACUGCUUGGAUUAUAAGGACCAAGCGGCGUCAUGGAAGCUGAACUUCAAUGCCGAUUGCUUGGAUUAUAAGGAUCAAACAUCCUCAUGGAAAUUCCAGGUCCUGUGAACAGAGCAGUGACGAUCACAUGAGACGCAGUUCAGCCAUCCUUCAAUAAAACUCAACAUCAGACUGGUUGAGCCUGGCUGCGCUCUCCUUUUUUUUUAUCCCGGUGGUCUUCGGUACUCCUAAAGGAGAGGUUUAAUUUAUUUUAGCGCUGGCAUAUAGAUUCCCCCCCCUCCCCCCCUUUCAUUCACAACUUGUAGCCCCUCAGCCACCUCUAUCAUUGCGUGCCUCUGUGCGUUAAAACACCUGUUGAGGACAACCGCAGCCACGGAACUAAAACUUCAAUGAGUCCUGCUGAAGUGCAGACCUCUUUAAAAAAAAAUGAACCUGCUGGCAGAGAGACAUGAGGAUACUGUGUGGACAUGGAUGCACUACUUUAUUUAAGAAAAAGUGUUUAUAAGGAAUCAAUAUGUAGUUUCUAAGAGACAAUCAGUGUGCGUCUUAAAUAAAUGGUACAUAGGUGUUUUUUUUUUAUCUGUGAUAUAGCCUUCGAAACUGUGAUCUGUUGUAUUGUAUGCAAUUUGUGAGCCCCCUCUCGCAUCAGACUCUCUGCUGUGAUUUUAAUAGAUUUUUAACUUUUUUGGGACAAAAAUUGAGCUAAAAGUAAAAUUCAAAGUGAGACAGAGACGAGAUUUUUUUUUUCUUUUUUUUCUGCAGGCACAUUAUGGAGGGUUAGGCCAUACUGGAAAAGACUCUCAGCUGCUUGCUCCCCCCCCAACCCCCCACCCCUCUACUGAUCUGAUUGUGGAUCCUUCUCUCGGUCCCCCAAAGAGAGUGUGACCUCACCGCUGAAAAGACAUGAAUAAAGAUCCUGUGGGCUUAC